AUGACUAUCAAGCGGGUGGCUGUCAUUGGCGCUGGCCCUGCGGGUGCCAUUGCCGUCGAUGCGCUGAUGCAGGAGAAGAUAUUCGAUGUUCGUGUUUUUGAAAGACAGGAGAAAGCCGGGGGAUGCUGGGUGUCAAGAGAUGAUCCCCCACCGCAAAAUUUCGACCUUGACGGGUUGGCAGCGCGCACAGCAGAUGCGCCAUUGAAGAUCCCAGAGCAACUUCCAUGUCACACGCCGGUGGUGGGUCAGGAUCGCUUUACUGAUUCACCCGUUUAUCCUGGACUGGAGACGAACGUGGACGCAAGCGCUAUGUCGUACUCCCAAGAGCCGAUCCCAACGGUUCGGUCGCAAUGGUCAAUUGAGCGACACGGCGAGGAUACGCCGUUCCGGCAUCACUCUAUCAUCAGGCAGUAUAUCGAAGAUCUCUUCACGAAGAAGGGCCAUGCAGAUCUUAUUCAGUACAAUACGACUGUUGAGCGAGCGAUCAAGAAGCUUGGCAGCGAUAAAUGGGUGCUCACUCUUCGACGUACACAAUGCCACAAUGGUAGUCAAUCCGACUACUGGUGGACUGAAGUGUUUGAUGCACUCGUGGUGGCUUCCGGCCAUUAUGCAGUACCGUAUAUCCCUGCCAUCACCGGCCUGAAAGAGUUCGCGGAACGUUAUCCAGGCAGCAUCGAGCACACCAAACACUACCGGGGACCGGAGAAGUACCGCGGCAAGAAAGUCAUAACAGUCGGGGCAUCAGUCUCGGCCGCCGACACAGCAGUCAGCUUAAUUGGCACCGCUCAAUCGCCCAUUUAUGCUGUGACUCGCGGUCGCUACAACGUGUACUUCGGCAACGAGGCAUUCAAGCACCCAAUGAUUCAAGAACGGACCACCAUCUCACAUAUUACGGUCGAGGACCGAACUGUUCAUUUCGAAGACGGUUCCUCCGAGACCGGCGUGGAUAACAUCCUCUUCGGAACAGGCUUCACAUGGACACUACCAUUCCUGCCAGGAGUGAAAACACGCAAUAACCGUGUCCCAGACUUGUAUCAGCAUGUGUUUUACCGCCAUGAUCCAAGUCUGGUAUUCGUUGGAGCUGUCGGUGCUGGUCUCACCUUCAAAGUCUUCGAGUGGCAGGCUGUGGCAGCUGCACGCGUGUUGGCAGGCAGAGCCACCCUGCCUAGUGUUGCUGAACAGGAGCAAUGGGAGACGGAUCGCAUCGCGCAGAGAGGUGAUGGGCCCGGGUUUACGGUUAUCAACCCCGAGUUCAAGGCUUAUUUCGAGGAUAUGCGUCUACUUGCCGGCGAGCCACGCGAUGGAGCUGGGCGCCCACUGCCGGUGUUUGAGCAGAAGUGGGCGGACGAGUUCAAUGCUGGCCAUGAGCGGCGCAAGAAGAUGUGGAGACGGAAUAACACCGCGACGAAACUAUAG